CUCCCUACAAUUCCUUCCGGUGAAACACAACAUUGCAAGGAGGCGGACUAUGACAGCGAAGUAGCUGCAAAGUGUCACCACUAAACAACGGAACAUUUUUACAGGACUUCUAGUUUCGCUCGGCCACACAGCUACCUCUCUUCUCCAUGCUGCUGUGCCGGGUGUCGGCUGUAGGUCAGACGCUAGCGAGAUGGGGCCGGAGGUCACAGCGGCGAGGCGGCCUCCUCCUCCACCGUGCUGUCUCCUUCAGCUCCAGCCGCUGUCACGGGGUGAGCUCCGGAGAAGAGAACGGCUCUGCUCAGGGACUGUACCGGGACACAGUGCUCCUCCCCCGGAGUGAUUUCCCCAUGAAUCUGACCGGACAGAAGUUACUGGACCGAGAAGUCCAGAUACAGAAGGAGUGUGGAUUUGCAGAUUUGUACUCCUGGCAGAGGGAGAGGAAGGCAAAGAAAGAGUUCUGUCUCCAUGAUGGACCCCCGUAUGCCAAUGGAGACCCUCAUGUUGGACAUGCACUGAACAAGAUCCUGAAAGAUAUCCGUAACCGUUUUGAGAUUCUGCGGGGGCGGCAGGUUCACUACAUACCGGGCUGGGACUGCCACGGCCUUCCCAUUGAGCUUAAGGCUCUGGGGGAGUUGGGGACCAGCAGCCUUGGACCACUUCAGAUAAGACACAAAGCGCGGGCGUUUGCAGAGGGGGCCAUAGCUCGUCAGAAAGCUGCUUUCCAGCGCUGGGGGGUGGUGGCAGACUGGGACCAGUGCUACUACACCUUUGACGGAGCGUAUGAAGCCGCUCAGCUGAAAGUCUUUCAGGAGAUGCACAGCAAGGGGUUCAUCUACCAGGACUACAAGCCGAUCUUCUGGUCUCCUUCCUCGAGAACGGCUCUAGCAGAGGCGGAGUUGGAGUACAACCCUGAGCACGUGAGCAGAGCCGUCUACACCACGUUCCCCAUGAGCACUCUGCCGCCUAACAUAGCCUCAGAAGCAGCUGAUGUAGAGAGUGUCUCUGUGUUGGUGUGGACCACCCAGCCAUGGACCAUUCCUGCAAACCAGGCGGUCUGCUUCAUGCCCAACGCACAGUAUUCUCUUGUGAAGCGAGCAGACAACUCUCAGGUGCUUUUAGUGGCAACAGAGCGUACAGCCAGCAUGUCAGCACUGCUUGGUACAGAGCUGGAGACUGUACACACAUUCACAGGCUCGCAGCUGGAGGCGGGGAUCUGCAAACAUCCCACAAUUCCUGACAAGGAAGUGCCGCUGUUGCCGGCCAAUCAUGUGACGAUGGGAAAAGGAACGGGAUUGGUCCACACAGCGCCGGCUCAUGGCAUGGAUGAUUACAGCGUGGCCUCUCAGUUUAAACUGUCUGUGGAGUGUAUGGUCGAUGAAGACGGAAAGUUCACUGAACUGGCUGGCUCUGAGCUGCAGAAUCUGUCUGUAAUGACAGAAGGCACAGACAAAGUGAUUUCCAUGCUGAAGGAGUGUGGGGCUCUGGUGAAGGAGGAGCAGUGUGUCCACAGUUACCCGUACGACUGGAGGACUAAACAGCCUGUGGUCAUCAGGCCCAGCAAACAGUGGUUCAUCAACACAGCCUCGCUUAAAGACAAGGCCAAGGAGGCUCUGCAGAAGGUGCGCAUUUUGCCAGAGUCGGCUCGGAGCAGCCUGCUGGCCAUGUUGGACAGACGGACCUACUGGUGCAUCUCCAGACAGAGAAGCUGGGGGGUCCCGAUCCCAGUCUUCUACCACAAAGAGACUGGAGAGGCUCUCAUCAACAAACACACUGUGUCCCAUGUUGCACAGCUCUUCAAAGAAAAGGGAAGUGACUGCUGGUGGGAGCUUCCUGUUGAGACGUUGCUACCAGCAGAGGUGCUUAAGAAGAGUAAAGCUGGCCCAGUGACCGACUACGUCUGUGGAGAAGAUGUUCUCGACAUCUGGUUCGACAGCGGAGCGUCGUGGGCGGCUGUCCUAGAAGGUACCGAGGAAGACUCUGAAGAGCCUGAGUCACCGCUCAGCUGGCUCCCCGCUCCGCUCCGCAAACCUCUGGUUGCAGAGACUGACUCCAGGGCAGAUGCAUACGUUGAAGGGAAGGACCAGAUUGGAGGAUGGUUCCAGUCCUCGCUGCUCACAAGUGUUGCAGUCAGUAACAAAGCUCCUUACAAGUCUCUGGUGGUUCAUGGCUUUGCUGUAAGUGAGAAAGGAGAGAAGAUGUCCAAGUCUGUGGGUAACGUUGUGGAUCCUGAUGAAGUCAUUAAUGGAGGGAAGGACCCCAGUAGGCCAGCGUAUGGGGCAGACGUGCUGCGUUGGUGGGUGGCCGAGUCAAACGUCUUCUCAGAGGUUCAGAUCGGACCCUCCGCUCUCAACUCAGCCAGAGAGAGCAUCGGCAAGUUGAGGAAGACUCUGAAGUUCCUGCUCGGUAACCUGCAGGGCUUCGACCCCCGAGUUCAGGCUGUGGACCCCAAAGAGAUGCACUACAUCGAUCAGUACAUGUUGCACCUGCUCCGUGAUUACAGCAUCAAGGUGACGGACGCCUACAGUGAGUUUGAUGCUGGAAGGGUUAUCCGUAUCCUCCAAGCCUUCAUGUCCAGAGACCUCUCCCGCUUUUACUUCAGCAUCAUCAAAGACCGGUUGUACUGUGAUCCAGAGGACUCUUUGGGCAGGAGAUCAUGUCAGACUGUUUUAGAGGAAAUUCUGGAUGGAGUCACCAGGUCCAUAGCUCCCAUUCUUCCACAUCUAGCUGAAGAGGUCUUUCUACACGCACCAGGACAUGAUGAAGGGGAGACGUUAUUCAAGAGCGGCUGGGUCAAAAGCAGCUCGGUGUGGAGGAGACCAGGAUUGGAGGAGGCGGUGGAGGGGGCGUGUGCCAUCAGGGACUCCUUCCUGUCGUCCAUACCGGGGAAAAAUGCGGCUCAGUACGACCUCACCGUCGCCAUUGAGCCCGGUCUGCUGUUUGAACUCAUGGAGUCUCUCCAGGAGGAACCGACCUCCACCUCCUCACAGCUGGUCGAGCUGAUGAUGGUGGCGCGGGUCAACCUGACCAGCGAGCUGCCCAGAGACCUUCCCCACGAUGCCGUCCUGAGCCACGGCACCUUCCUCAUCAACCUGGAGGGUGGUGUGAUCCGUGAGGACAGUGCUUACAGUAUAGCAGUAGUACCCACCUCGGCCUCCCGGUGCCCACGAUGCCGCCGUUACACCGCCAAGUCAGCGGACUGCCCGUGUCCGCGCUGCCAGGGCAUCAUCUCACCGCCUCAGACAAAUCAGUGAUGACCUGUCACCGUGACAACCAGCAAACACCACCUGGGCCUGCAUAUUGACCAGCUUUUCUUUUUUUUUUUUUUUUUACAAUCCUCGUCUCCAUGAGCUGAGUGAUGUGGAACGGACAGUUUUCUCGUUAUUUGGCACUUCCUGCUUUAACAGCGCAGAGCUUUGAUUGGGAGAGAACGGCCUUUAAAUGCAUUUAACAUACGGCUCUGAAUUGUGCUUCACUGUUCUCAUGCACUUACACACUUUCCUAGAACAGCCGAACUGUAAGUCCAAAAAGGUCCAGGGCGGCCGCUGUCACUUGCCUGAGACCUGAAUGUGCAGGUUAUACAUAGAAAUCCAAACGCAGCAUGCGCGAGGUCGUUUACUGUAAAUAGGAUCGGGAAGAUAUUGACUAGAAGAGGAGGUUUAUCAGUUAAUGUUUUUUUAAAUGUGUGGAUGGAAAAGCAAUUUACUGCAUGGAGUGUCACUGUGUGACAGCUGCAGAGGAUUUAUUUGGGUUGUGGGUAAGUUGUUUAUUUGUUUUAUAAAUCCUGGUCUCGUUAACUUAAAAACAGAUGGUGUAUGAAAACGAUGUAUCCAAAGUAUAAAUAAAUGAAGUUUUAUCUCUGAAUAUA